UCCAAACAAAGCAAACUCUUCACUCUCUUCACUUCUUCACAAGAUAGAGGUGAGCCACACAAAUGGCUCCGAGAACCGAUUCGCAAACCCAAGCCACCAUGUCAGACACGUCUAACGAAUCGUCGAUCGAUCCGAUCUUCCACAUUCUCCGUCUCGUCCCUUUCUCAUUCCUCCGUCCGCCGCGUCUCCGUCUCAAGCUCCCUUCGUUCACUCUCCCCUCUCCGAUGACUGUUUUCGCGCUGAUCCUCCUCACCUACUUCCUCGUCAUAUCCGGAUUCGUCUACGACGUGAUUGUGGAGCCUCCGGGCAUCGGAUCGACCCAGGAUCCAGUCACCGGGGCGAUACGGCCCGUCGUGUUCAUGUCGGGUCGGGUCAACGGGCAGUACAUCAUCGAAGGUCUUUCGUCGGGAUUCAUGUUCGUGAUGGGUGGGAUCGGGAUCAUAAUGCUGGAUCUGGCGUUGGAUAAGAAUCGAGCUAAGAGUGUGAAAGCGUCGUAUGCUACGGCGGGAGUGACUUCCGUUGUGAUUGGUUAUGUUAUGAGUAUGCUCUUCAUCCGUAUUAAGAUCCCUGGUUAUCUCCAUUAGACUUGUUUUAGAUCACUUGCAUUUGGUUCUGUAAUGGACUCUCUAGUCUCUAGUUUACGAAUUACCGUUGAGAAAACAAGUGACUUUUGUGUUUCUUAAAAGCUUUGUGUGUUCACUGAAACCGGAUUCUCUACUUGGUUCUGAGUUUCUUUGUUUGGUAAUGGUUGUGUCAGCUUUGAAUGUUAGAAUCUGUGUUUGAUAUAUCAAUCUUGUCGUUUAAACU